AGCAAAGCGUAAAUAUGAGCGACGAUGCUGUACAGUUGUAGGCGCACGGAUUAAGUUACCGGUAUGCUGAAUCCACAAUCCAAGUGAUAUGCGGGGUGGGGGAAUAUAUCAAAUUAUCAAUGGUGGAAAGUGAAGCGGAGAUUGCGAUAUUCAGAAGACAGAAACCCUUCCUCCUUAGCACUUUACACUCUCCACUCUCUGAAUAUCUGGCUCGCCGCGUCAACGCAUUUCGCUUAUCCCACAGCCAAGAAUGAAGAGCCUCUUGCAAGAUGAACCAGGACAUCAUCAAUGCACUGCCUCACCUGUUGCGCAACCCCCUCUCUCCCUUCUUGUCUCCCUAUUCGCUAAAUAGUGUACGUCAAUACCUAGUCACGUCUACUGUCCGCGCUGGUAGUCGUCUCCUGACGCGUGGAUGGGCAGGUUUUGCGAAUGGUGAUAGGUGUGUUUCAUUUGUCGCUAGGUAAACGAAUGCGGGAUUGUCUAGUGAACUGGAGGCCAGAUGGGGAUGUGGUUAUUGUGGUAUAAUUGGAAGAGAUAAUUACGCAUUUAGUGCUUUUGCUGCUGCUUCUCCUCCCGUUCCCGCUUCCUCCCCCUCAUCCACUCCUCUCUCUCCGCUCUCUCCUCCGCCCGUCACGCGGUGGCCAGCUAGGUCAACAUGAUAAGGACGGCAAAUACGACCGUCAUAUAUAGGAUGCUGGUGCUGGUGGCGCACUCGUCCGCCAUUUCGUGACUGCCAAACGUCAGCUGCUGCGUCCUCCACUUCAAGAGGAAUAUUGAAUUCUAUGUUACAUAAGGCCCAUCCCGAGGCCAGGCGAGCCGAUGGGAAUUAAGAGACUCGUGAUUUGGGGGAGGUUUCAGUCUCCGGUUAUUGUAUCAAAG